GAUCGACGCGUAUGGGCUAAAGAUAAACAAAUCUCCAUUAUCCUCAAAAUUCAACCAUCAUCCCCCACCACUAGUGAAAAGAAGUGGUCUCUUGCAUCAGCCUUCCCCCAUCUUCAUUUCUUUUCUCUCUCCCUGUAGCCUGUUCAACAACCACCCAAUCUUCCUCUCUCUCUCUCUGCGAUUUUGAUGAUUUCUUUGUUUGAACAAUCAAAUCGAUUUGUAUGAUAUGGGUUUGCUUCAUAGAAAGCUGACAGAAGGAGCAGCCAAUUCAACCUGGGAUCCGAUCUGUCAAUUACCAUGUUCUUCAGCUCCAAGCGUUUGUCCACCACAAUGUCUCGCUUUCUGCCCUCUAAGCUGCUUAAAUGUUUACUCAUCUUCGAUCCCUCCAGCAAUUAUUCCCUCCACGUUGAAUGAAGAAUCAGACAAACCCCACAAGAUCUCUCCCUUCUUGAUCGCCACGCUUACACUUCUCGCCGCCGCCGUUCUGGUUGUUUGCUGUUAUGCCAUCUAUUCAAGGUUCUAUUUACGCCGGCGGAACUCAAGCCGGACGGUGCCGCUGCAGCGGCAAACGGAGGCGACCCACGACGAGUUUCUUGACGAAGAUGAUGGUCCGGUGGCGGUGGUGGACCAUCCGAUCUGGUACAUCCGCACCGUCGGUCUCCAACCGUCGGUCAUCAAUUCCAUCACGGUGUGCAAGUAUAAAAGCGGCGAAGGUAUUGUUGAAGGAGCAGAGUGCUCUGUUUGCUUGAACGAGUUUCAGGAAGAUGAGACUCUUCGACUUUUGCCGAAGUGCAGCCAUGCUUUUCAUCUUCCCUGUAUUGAUACGUGGCUUAGAUCGCACACCAAUUGCCCCAUGUGCCGUGCGCCGAUCGUUAAAAGCACAGUCCAGUCGCCGUCGCCGGAACCAAAUGUGGAAAAUUCCAGUCAAGGCGAAGAAACCCAGGUGGGAAAUUCGCAGAGGAGUGGCGGAUCCGGUGGAGAAACAGUUGAUGAAGUUCGUGAGCUAAGGAUUGUGAUAGAGGAGGAAGCUGAAUCAGCCGUUGAAAGAUGUGAGAAUUCGAAUGAAGAAGUAACCGGCAUACAGCCGAUGAGAAGAUCAGUUUCUAUGGAUUCUUUGUCAGCAUCAAAGAUCAGUCGUGCUGUUGCCAAUAUUCUUCCUGUCAAAUCUGAUGGGAAUUCAGAUACCCGAUUGGUAAAAUCGAUCGAAUCAAAUACAAGAAUCGUUCCAAAGAGAGUAGAAGGGAAUCAGAUUUCGAUGAGAUCAUCGGGUUCGGGUAGUUCUUCAAAAGGAAGAUCUCUGCCAAAUGGGCCUCUUUUCAUGAGGAGAUCGUUUUCCGGUAGCUUUGGCACGGUUUUCCGAAGCUUUUGAAAUUUUCGUGGAAUCAGGUGAGGUGAGUUGCCUGAAAAACUCAUAUCUGAAAAGCUCUCAACAAGCUGAGGGUUUACAGAAUUUUCAUCAAUAAUGUAAUAUAUUUAUAUAAUCAAAGUGUAUAGUGACAGGAGGAAAUUGAGAUUGAUCCAAAAAUAGGAUUCAUCUCAGGCGCAAUGAUUUCAUUCUAUAUAUAUAUAUAUAUAUGAUCCAAAUUAUGUAACGAGUAUUUUAUACUCAAUUUGAUCAUCCAUACAUAUAUACUGCCGCCACUGCUUUUACUGC